AUGCGGUUAAACCUCCUUGUUUUAUUACUUAAUUUUCUCAAUACAUUUUCGUUGUCAUUGAACUCGACUUAUAUGUCCAACAAAAACAUUAUGCCGUUUGAGUUGAAUAGAAUCAAAGAUGUAACUAUAACGCAAUCGGUUUGUGAUGAAAAUUAUACAUACAUUUAUGAUGCUUUAGACAAUAUAACAGCAUUAUAUCAUACCACUUUUUAUUUUCAACAAGGGCUAAACAUAAAAUCAUUUAUAAUUAAAAUUUCAAAUGUCAAAGAAAAAAUUAACAUUGUAAAUGAUAAUAGAACUCCUGGGAUGUUAUUAUAUUUUGGAUGUAUGAAUUCUGUUGGUUGUCGAACUUCUGGUGACAGCACCCAUCGAUCAGAAGUUGUUCUUAAUGGAAGCCCAUUAACAAUUUUUAGUGAAAAUGAUGAAAACAUUAUUGUUUUAUUAUAUAAAACAACUUAUCUUUUUAUUGAUGGAAUUGUUCCACAAACAUUAACAUUACAAUUUAAAGAGCCAGCUUUGAUUCGAAAUAUGAAUGAAUAUUUAUACGCCUUUACAGGUACAGUUAAUUCUACUACUAUUAUAGAUGGAAGUGGAUUACAAAUUGUUGUUUUGUGUUAUCAAAAUCAUUAUGGCAGAUACGCAUUUUCUAAAACUGCAUUUUCAAAAGAAAAUUGUGAAUGUAUUCCUUUAGAUUAUUCACAAAAAAUUUUAAAAAGUACUGUUUUUAACUAUCCUGAUUGUGUUUACAAUUCUUCGAUGUUUAAUUUGAAUCUUUCGAACUAUAUGUCAUGGAAUUUGGAUAUAUAUGAAUGGUACACAAUUUAUUCUAAUAAUCCGAUGAUGUGGAUAACAGGUUCAAAUAAUCAAGUUUUAGAAUUAGAAAAAUUUGAUAUGAAAAGUUCUUUUAGUAUUUUUUUAAAUACCAAAAUAAACAAUUUGACAAUUUCAAGAUUAAAUGUGGGAGGAUGGUUUGACUCAAAUGUUGAAAUAAAGCAAGUCAAUUUGAAACCAGAGUUUAAAAACAAAAUAUUGUUUGUUGUUCACAACGGUCUGCUGAUAUCUGAACAAUUGGAAAGUUGUGGUGAAAGAGUAUUUACCAAAGAUUGUGAUAUUGAUAUGUGUGUUUGUGAUUAUCGAACAACGAGUUCGUCAACUGAAUUUACCUUUUUGAACCAAAAUGCUAAUAAUUGUCUUGACAACACCAAUUCAAUUCAACUCAAACUUAACAUCAACAAUUAUACUUAUUUACCACGAUUUGAAAGAGAUAUAUGGGAAAGUUUGAUAUAUUCAAAUGGUGGAAGUAUUAUCGCUAAUCCAAAUUUUAUAUCUACACAAGUUGAGUUUUCUUUUUGUGGUGUCAAUUUAAAAAUUACUAUUGAAACAACAAUAAAAUGUGAAAUAUUGAAUGUUUAUUUAAAUACCAGAUAUAUAAUUAAAAAUCAUGGUGUUUUAAUAAUUGGAAAAAUCAUUUAUCGAAAUGUCAUUAAUAGAUUAAACACAAAUGGAACAAUUUUGGUAUUAAAAGGUGGAAACGUAAGGCCUUUUAACAAUAAAAUAACAUUGAGUGUUGACCAACAGAUUUCAACAAUGUUUUUCUGCAACGAAGUGUUGUCGUCGAUUGUUGAAAUUGAUUUAUUAUUAUUCGAAAAUCCCAAAGGGAUAAGUUAUGGAUCAAAAUUGUAUAGAAUAUGUUUUGGGCACAAUCCACUUUCAACAGAAAUAAUAUGCGAAUUGGAUCAAAGUGAUUUUUCAUUAUUUUCGAGUCACAAAAACGUUCUUUAUUGCCCUUUAAAUGAUAAUUUGGUAACCCAACUGAUUCAAACUAAAAUGUUUAUUUAUAAUUAUCAAUGCAAUGGAAUGUUUGUUCAACAAAAAGAAAUUGUUCAGAUGACUUCUUUUAUUAAAGGUGAAUCAAACUUUGAUGAUCCCAUUGAUAACAUUUUGUAUAUUGAUGAUACCUGGUUAUAUAGUAACACCAUUACAAUUAGAGGAAAUAAAAACAAACUUUUGUUGGGAAACAAAAUGGGGUUCGAGUUACCAAAGUACGAUGUUCAGCUCAAUAAGAUUUAUGUUAAAUCAAAUUUUUCAUCAUUGUGCAAUUCAUUUUUUAUUUCAGAAACUGGAAUUAAAGAAUGUAUUUUAUGUAAACCAUUCAGUAUUUUACAAAACAAAUCAUGUCUUCUUUUUGACGUCAAUUGUAUUACUGAUGGUAAUAUUCGAACAAGAUAUUGCGAAACAUGUAAAUCGUCUUACCAAGCAUGUAAAGAAAAAUGUAUUUUAUGUUCAACUUUUUGUCUUAGAUGUAUUGAUGAUCAAUGCAUUUUAUGUCAAGAAGUGUAUGAAUUAAAAAAUGGUAUUUGUGUUGAAGUUGCUAAAGAAUUUGCCUAUUAUAAAAGCAGAAUUUGGAAAUGUUCUAAACAUUAUUCAAACGAAAAUCAAACUUGUUUGCCAUGUAAAGAAGGUUGUGUUUUUUGUCGAAAUAGUGUGUGUAUUAUCUGUGAGCCAAAUCGUGUUUUUGAUGUUAAUGGGGAGUGUGUAAUGCCGAUUGGAAUUCUUUUAACAAAUAUGAAAAAAGCAAUUAUUUGUCUUCCAUCGUACUUUCUUGAUAAUAAUAAGUGCAAUUUGUGUUCUGAUUUUCAUGGAAAUUUGUGUAAAUUUUGUACAAAAGAUAAUUGUAUUUUCUGUGAAGGAGGUAUCAUU